CCUUUUUAAAAGUUGAUCAGUUUUCAAGUCGUUGUUAUUGUCAUAUUUCAUAGGCGAAGUAAUGGAUCGACUACCCUAUACUUUUGAGCUGUAUUCUACCAGGAUUUUUCUGUGGAUUUCACGACACGGCAAAUCUUACAAAUUUAGCUUGUCUAUAUUUUGUUUAAUGGUGCAGAAAACGUUUUUAUAAAACAGUUCAUGGGAAUUCGGGAUUUACACAUUAUGAAUUAAAAAAGAUACUCUCUGUUACUAAAAUAUUAUCUAUUAAGGUUAUCAACUGAUAUACCAAUGGUACAAACAGAACCGGUUGAGAAAGAGAGGCCGAAAUGUGGUUGUAAAGGAGUUCGCUUUUGCGCAGCGUGUAAAGAUACGUUAAGAGUGACAAAAUUAGCGCUAUGUGGGGAAUAUCCGUAUGGAGAAUAUAAGAAGUACGUUUAUUCUACACGUCAUCUUGCUGCAAUACACGAUAAGUCAUUAACCGGUCGUCCAACAUUAACUGAAAUUCAUGAUUUGGCUGGUAAAAUAAACGGGACUGAAAAUAAACCUGAGGAUUAUUUGAUCAUUCCUGGUCUGCAUGUUAUUACCGAUUUCCUUACCGAAGCUGAAGAGAUGGACCUCAUUAACGUAAUUGAUAGGACGGAUUGGGUGCUUUCACAAUCAGGACGUCGGAAACAGGAUUAUGGUCCACGUGUCAAUUUCAAACAUAAGAAAAUAAAAAUGGAGCGUUUUUUGGGGAUGCCGAGUUACAUAGACGUAAUACUGAAUAGAAUGAAUUCUAUUUCCCCUGAUUUGUUUGGCUCUUAUCAGCCAUUUGAAUUAUGUAAUUUGGAGUAUAGCGACGAUCGGUGGUCAAACAUUGAAAUGCAUUACGAUGAUACAUGGAUUUGGGGAGAACGCCUGAUUUGCGUCAACCUUUUGAGCAAGUCGGUACUGACAUACACAAAUGACGCGAAGCAGUUGAUCAUCUAUGUCCCACUACCGAGCAGGACAAUGGUGUGUAUGUCGGAUGAGAUUCGCUAUUCAUGGAGGCAUGCCGUUUUUCCGGAGCAUAUCCGUGGUCGGAGAAUAGCCGUGACAAUGAGAGAACCAAGUGCAGCUUUUAAGGAAGGUGGAGAACUGUACGAAAAAUUCGGUCGAGAACUGACACGUUUAGGAAAUGCUCGAAUAUGAGAUGCGUUAUCGUUGUUUUGUAUGCAUUAAAGUUGUAAAUAAGUGGGAAAAUAAAAUUGUGAAAAGAAAAC